CGCCAUAGUUCUUCGAAAAUGGCAGCGGAGGUGUUAAUCAAGAAGGGAAAAAGAGGAGCGGCAGCGCAUUUUCAAUUGGAGUGUUCACAAACAGACAACCCAGAACAACUGAAUGAGUUGUUGGAUGUGAUACUUGAUCCUCGCAAGCCCAUUGACAUAUGGGACACAAUAGACUGGUGCAAAUGGCUAAUGGCUGGAGGCAAAACUCCAGACGAGUUCUCGCAGACAGUUCGUCGAUACGACAAUGCAACCACGUGUGGCCUUGUUUGGACUGCCAAUUUUGUGGCGUACCGCUGCCGUACCUGUGGAAUCUCACCGUGCAUGUCCCUAUGUGCCGAAUGUUUUCAACAAGGCAACCACGAGGGCCACGAUUUCAACAUGUUUCGAAGUCAAGCUGGUGGUGCCUGUGACUGUGGUGAUGCGAAUGUUAUGAAGGAGACAGGCUUCUGCCAACGGCAUGCCUCUAAAGUACAAGAGGAAAAACCACCACCUCCACCAGACUUGUUAUGUGUCGCAAAGUCCAUGAUGCCACGCGUGAUCUUGCGGCUUGUUCAGCACCUUCGAGAACACGGCACGUCUCAAGAAAGAGGAGUGAGCUUUGACUCUAGAGCCUUGGUAAAAGCAGAUGGGUUUCUUACAAUGUUGCAUCAGUUAAGCGAAAUGGGGGCGAUCAUGAGACAAGUUAUGACACAAACCCUUACGAACUGUGCAAGUUACCAGCACCUUACUGGCCCUGAAUCAGUUGUGGACCCAGAUGAAGAGAAGUCAGCAUUACUAAAGCUCUUAAAUGAACGGUAUGAAGAAGCAAAGAUGACGCUUCGAAACUGGGAGUGCCCGCAAGAAUAUCAAGACAUUACUGCUCUACAGCCCAUAUUAAUCCACAAAAGUUUCCUCGAAGAGCUUGUUUUCUGGAUGGCAAAGUUUGAGUUUCCCCAGAAGUUGGUCUGUUUCCUUCUCAGCAUGCUACCUGAUCCUGACUAUAAGGAAGCCUUCACACAGACGUUUGUGCAACACUAUAGCCGCAUCAGCUACAUGCUGACCCAGUCCACGGACUCGGACACUCUUUCAAAUCGCGUGGUGCACGUGAGCGUGCAGCUCUUCUCAAACGAAGCCCUGUCGCUGCGCAUGACGCAGCAUUUUCACCUUCUGCACGUCAUGGUCAUCAGCCUCAAGGCAAUGAUGUCGCUCAUCUUACACCAAAGCAUUUUGCAAGACCCUAAGAAAAAUUUUCACUAUGUGGUGGAUUGUAUCCAGAGGAUAACGAAGGAUCACUGCUAUUGGCCUCUGGUCAGCGAUCUCAAUAACACCCUCACCCACAAGCAGGUGGCCAUGGAGUUUCUCAAUCAACCAAACCUCCUUGACAUGUGGUUUUCUCUCCUUUCGAUGUUUCAAGGAAUGAAUGUUAACCAGCGUGAGCUCUCACAGCACGUGGAAUUUGAACCUAAUACAUAUUAUGCUGCUUUUUCUGCUGAGCUUGAAGCAUGUGCAACACCUCUUUGGGCCCUGAUUUCACAUCUCAAGACUGAGGAAACCUUACCACUCUCCAAGUGCGUUCUAGACCAUUGUCUCACAGCACUUGAAGACUUUUUUGAUGCAAUUGGUUUUCUUCAUUAUAAUGUGCCGAAUCCUUACCAGGUGACAUUUCAUCUCCCACUGCAUCGUUACUAUUCAGUGUUCUUGUGCCAAGCUGUCCUCUAUCAGGGUGCAACCUUGGUAGAGCUUUUGCCAGAUAAGGAUACCUUGCAGCUCCUCAUGGCGCACCCUCUUCAGGCUAUGGUGGCAUUUUAUGAGAUCCUCUCAGGCAUGUGGGCACGCAACGGUCUUCAAAUCAAAGGGCAGGCUAUGACAUACAUCCAGUGCCACUUCUGCAACUCCAUGGUGGACGCCGAUAUUUUUCUCCUUCAGCUGUGUGCCACCCACCUUGAUCCAGAUUGGUUUGUCCGGACUGUCUUCGAAAGGUUUCACGUGUGGGAAUGGCUGUCCUUUGUUCCAAACCGAAACAACUCUUUCCUGGACCACGACAAGGUCUACCCUAUGGUGGAGUCUGCACUGACAUUUCUUGCCAUGCUGCUAGGCAUCAGGACAAAUUUGGGCUUGUCCGAAGAAGACAUAAUGCGUCAGGAGAUGGUGACCCUUCUGUGCAUGGGAAACCGCACCCAUUCCCAGCUUACCGAUCUGCUUCCCGAAAAAUGCGGAUCUCAGAACAAAGAUUUUGAACGGUUCUUAGAAGAGGUUGCAAUCUACAAGCAGCCUAAUUUUGAAUCAGGUGGCAACAUGCUGCAGGGCAUGUACAUGCCAAAGCCACAUAUCUGGGAGCACGAAUACGACCCUGUGCACGUAAUGCUCCGCGCCGUGCAUCGCAAGGACUUCCAGGCAUCCAUGGACCGCUUCACACACCAUGCAAGGCAGUCUGGGAAAUUCAAAGGCAGCGGCACACCAUGGCCACCCUUCCGUAUGCCGAGAGCUGUGCACCCUGAGCUCAUCGAUCCGAGGAAGCUGCUGCAGUGCAAGACGAUGCACGCUGUUCUGCUGAUAAUAUUAUAUCGGGCCUUGAAUGACCCUGAGAUUCCAGAGCAAGUGAUUGCAUUAACAGUCUACAUUUUAGAAAUGGCUGUGAGAUAUCACCCACAUUCUGUGUCUCCUAAGGACAAGCUGAGCUCCAUCCACGAGGUCAUGGACUUGAGUCUGUCAGACUGGUUCCCAGGAACUUGCUUGGUGCAGAAUUCCCUGCGCUGUGUGCGCUCUGUGGUUCUACCCCAGCCUGUGGAGACCAUUACCUCUGUGGUGGAGGAAAUGGAUGUGGACCGGGGACAGGAGAGCAUGGACGAGGACUUCACCGAGCUCUUUGAGUUUGUCUCCUACCCCUCGCUUCCUGGAGGCUCAUUAAGUGAAGAUGGUCAGCGCAGCCCAGCUCCUUUGCCACCGAUUUCUCAACAGUUAGCCUUACCUCCCUCCGCAUCUUCUGCCGGCUCUGGUGCACUUGUCCCGGUGUCGAGUGGGACAGUUGUUCCAUCCCUAACAUCCUCGGCCUUUUACAACACCUCUGUCCUUCCCCGCGAGCCCCUGUCCUUGCCAGGGCCAUCGGCAUCGACUUCAGCCCAGAACACUUCUCAAGCCAGCACGAGCACUUCUUUGGUGCCACGAAGGGCAGCACCAGUGGCACCUGCUAUGAGGAUUCCCAUACCAGCUUCACCGGGUUUUGGGCCUCUCGAUAUGGCUUCGAGGCCGUUCAGGGGCCGUCAGUUAAUAAAACUUGCGUCGUCAAUGGCAGUUGCGCCUCUUGGCUCGAGGGGGUCAACGCCAGAGGACAUGGACGACUCUGCAAUGCUGGCUGAAGAACGAGGCAUUGAAGGAAGAGAACCGGUUAAGGCGUUACCAUCUUCAGGACGUCAAGUGAUCGACAUAAGCGAGAGCAUUGUCUCUCUUCUUCUGAAGCUGCACUCGAAGCUGUCUGGUCAUCCUGACUCUUAUCGUCUGCCAUCAGAACAGCCUUCUGAUCAGAGCACGUCGUCAGAGGAUCCAAACGAGAACCGGAUAGGUGCAGGGCCCCAUUUUAUAGGCCUAGUCCUGGACAAACUGGCCCGCUUGAGCACUUCGAGCAAUCCCGACGUUCCUUCUCCAGUGCAAGAACAGAGGCAUAAGCUGUGGCCUUUGAAAGGAACAUCAGUACCCCAUUCAGCAACCAACACAAAAGAGGCCACUGACCGAGAAGAGAGGAGACGGAGAGCAAAAGAGAGACAGAUGAAGCUGAUGGCUGAGUUUGCCAACAGGCAGAAGUCUUUCCUCAAGAAAGCUAUGGAAAUAGAAGCUGAGGACUGCGACAGCAUGGAUGAACGUGAGCCUGUGGUCACUGUGGCCAAGGAAUAUGAAUGUGUCAUCUGCAGUCAGACGUCCCCUUCAACGGCCGAGCGGCCAAUUGGUAUGGUGGUGCUGCUCCAGGCUACAAGUGUCCUUGGUCAUGCACACGAGGAGUCCGUUGGAGUGCGCAAGCUUCCCUGUUCAGACGACGAGCGGUUCGCCCUUCUCAACGACAAGAACCGAGCUUCCGAAGUGAAGUCCUGCUUCGAGCAGCUCACUCAACACUUUGACGAUUAUUCAUGGUCACAGUCUGUGAACAUUGGUUGGGAAGGUGGUGUUCAUGUUCAGUCUUGUGGGCACUUUCUCCAUGUUGACUGCCACAAGUCCUACAUGCUGACACAACGGAGUCAGCAAAACCAGCGACACCAGACGCUGGCAGUGGAGCGCGGCGAAUACUCAUGCCCCCUCUGUAGACAGUUAGCAAACUCUGUUCUUCCCAUACACCCAGAAAUGGGCGAAGCCUUGUCUGUUGCAAAGAAAGGAGGCACACCUCUUCGAACCCUAGCCCAGGAAUUGGUGGCCCUCGUCAGCCAAGUGCCUGUCCCAAUGUCAACGAUCCUCAAAGCAAUGGCUUCCUUCAUGGAGGACCUUACUAACGCAACGUUUGGCCAGUAUCGCUCUCUGUCGUUCUUGCCAAGCCCGCACAGUCUAAUGUUGUUUGUGUGCUCUGUGGCAAGAACGAAUCUUGAAGUGGAACUAGUUCAACGUGGUGGCACAAUAGGCUCUUCGCAUACACUGAAGAAAAGUUGCUUUGUUCCCCUCUUCCACGUGCUUGCACUGCAUGCGAAGGUGUUGACCGAAACACCGUAUGCGCGAUUGUGGUCCCACUUGACGGGUCUCCCACUGGAUGACAACACUUCUAGUCUAACACCUCUUGAAAGGGAGGUACCUUUGUUGAUACGUGAUAUUUCUGCUGUCCUUCUUGAGAUUGCACUUACGCUGCCAUUGAAUCUGGAUAAAUCAUAUUAUAGCUGCAUUGUAAAUUUUUUAUACACCUUAAGCUAUGUUCAAGCCUUGUCACGACUCAGCUUCAGACUUAGUGAGUCUUCUAGAGUGUUCUGGAAACAGAAGUCUGCUGAAAGUCAGGAUCCAUUUGGUGCUCCAGGAUCAGUUCUUGGUGUACUAAUUGACCACUUGGAACACAGCCCUUUGUACAUUGUUGAUACAGUUCCAAGUCCCGAAGAGGAAAAAGAAUUGUCCGAGGACGAACUAGAGCACGAAGUUACAAAGUACAGCCUUCCAUUCCUCCGUAAUGCCGCUCUCAUUCAGGCGCAUCUAUACGAAGAAAAAUUGCCAUCAGUUAAGGAACAAAGCGGCGAAUUUGCUGCCCUGGUUCAGUUUCUGGGGCUUGCAUCGGGAAACAAGGCAAGCCUAGCUUCAUCGUGUCUUGGCUGGGCCACGUCAGACCCUCACGUGCUGCUGCGAACAUGGUGUCAAGAUUACAACAACUUUGCCAGCAAGUCUGUCGUUGCCGCACGUCUCCUCCUGGUGACCAGGUGGCGGUGGAAGCAGCCUGCGCUUCUGGAGCUGCCACCUACAUAUGACCAGAUCUUUCAGUACUACCACAGACGCACUUGCUCAGUUUGCAAUAACGUGCCCAAGGAUCCUUCCAUUUGCCUUGUCUGCAGCACCAUGGUGUGCCUGCGGGAGAAUUGCUGUCGACAACAGACAAACUAUGAAGCUGUCCAUCACUCCAUUAACUGCGGCGCUGGUACAGCGAUAUACCUGGCUGUCAACUCGUCUACCAUAAUCGUCAUAAGGGGAAAGAGAGCAUGCCUCUGGGGCUCUGUCUACCUGGACAGCUUUGGUGAGGAGGAUCGAGACCUAAAGCGUGGCAAGCCGCUCUAUCUGAGUGUGGAGAGGUACAAGCUUUUGCAGCAGCAGUGGCUCAGUCACAGUUUUGAUCACACGACCAAACGAUGGGUUUGGCAUCAAGACAAUUUGUGAUGGUUUUUAGAGUAGCAUUGUAGGUAUGCCCACUUAACAUUAUGUUGCCCCCACCCCUAUAAAUAUGUACAGAACAGGCUUCUUACCUAGGUUCCUGCAGGAGCAUGCUAGAAAUUGCAGUGCCUACUUGUUGUCAUUAAAAGAAAUGAAUUGUUCAACGGA